AUGGUACAACCUACCAUGAGUGCGUACCGCUCGUACUAGCCACUGCUGACCUACCAGAUACGAAUGACGAAUUCGAGUACGACAGGCCCGACGUAGAUCCUAUUGAAGCUCCCGUGAUACAAUGAUUGAUGUAUUUGUUGUAUUGAUGGACCAGAGACCCCCUCAUUAUGCGUAUCGGGCACCUAGCCCACCCGUGCCCCCCAUGACCACGCCCACUGUUUCGACGGCAUUGUAUUCUGCAGCGUGGCCACACCACCCAGACGGGCCUUAUAGACCAUUGUUGCCGGGUACGGUGGCCGUGCCCACGUCAGAUCACGGACAGAGCAGCACAGCUGGACCUUGCAGCUCUCCAUUGUCGGAGCUGCCGACAUUAUCUCAGAUAGGGUUCACCCAACCGGGUAACGCAUAUCGAUGGUGGCUGCGAGAAGGGAUGGGGUCACAGGGUUAUGCGCCGUACUUUCCGUAUACGUAUAGUGGACCUAUGACGUGUAACCCUGAUAGUGAGACGCAGGAUGUAGGAUUUCCACUGUCACAGACCGGGGAGAUGCAGAUGCCGGCUAUGGGGUUGGGACAGAUACCGGCACAGGCGGCGAUGCCUGGCCAGAUUUUGGGGCCGAGACAGAUGCCAGCAUCGGGGGCGAGUCAGGGCCCGGGCCCGAGACAGAUGCCAGCAUCGGGGGCGAGUCAGGGCCCGGGGCCGAGACGGAUGCCAGCAUCGGGGGCGAGUCAGGGCCCGAGGCAUGUAGAGAGCCAGAUGCCUUUAUCUGGUGAGAGCCAGAUGCCACUUUCCGGUGAGAGUCAGAUGCCACUUUCCGGUGAGAGUCAGAUGCCACUUUCCGGUGAGAGUCAGAUGCCAGAUGUGGGGGGGAGCCAGAGUACCCAUGAGGAGGACGUUGCGAUGUUGGGUACCGAUCAGUUGGCCCCCGGUAGUCCCCAGGAUAUGGAUUCAGAUGAUGAUCAGCAGAAUCCACAAGCCGGAGGGGUUGGGGAGGAGGUUGCGGGCGACCCAGCGACCCAGCACAUACGGAUUGAGCAGAUUCGGUUGAUGGGGUACAACCCAGACGGGACCAUUUAUUAUGAGGUGAUUGACGACCCAGCGAGAAACUGGGUCCUCCCGAGGGGUAAGAAGGUUGUAUUGCAGUACAAUGCUGCUAUACAACCUGUAGGACGGGCCUGCAAUCGAUUUCGGCGGGCUGAGGGCAAGAUGAUCAGGAGUGGGUCCUACAUACACAUGCGGGACGAAUGGGCGAAGGUAAAUAGGCAGAUUAAGCAGGCAAUGUGGGACGCGCUGAUGGAGGAGUUCUAUGUACCUGUAUCAGUAGACGCGCGCAGGGCACAACAGGAGGCUUUAUGUGAUAUUGGCCGUAAGCACCGCUCGUGGAAGUCGAGGUUCAAAACCAAACUACGUAUUAGAGACGGUGACACGCCCGAGAUUAUCCGUGCGAGAAUGCCGGACAAUUUUUUUGGCAACUAUGACGCAGAAGAUGUAGAGUUCCUGCUGAGAGAUUGGUGCCGUGAGCAAAAAAUCGUAUGCAACCUCUGAACGGAUGAAGAGGCUGCGUGAGCA